UUAGAAGAGAGAAUCCUAAAUCGCCUCCGGUCGCGGGAAGGGGACGGCGAGACGAAGCCUGUUUCCGAAACCCUACCUACUGUUUGAGAUGUUCCGGACCGCAUUCAGAUGCUCAUCCGCCACGACUCCAUCAACAUCAGGAGUAAGUCUUUACAUUUUCCGAGUGCGAAACCGAUUACUUGAUGGCGUGGUUGCGGCGGGAAGGCAGAAGGAAAAGAUACCUCCUGUUUGGAAUCGAUCUCCAAACCAUGUUUUGGAGUUUCAGGUGAUCCGUGGAUGCGCUCAAGAAGAUCGCGGUGACUUUGGGCAAAACCGGCUGGGAUUUCAACGUGGACCCAUGUAACAAUGAAACGAACUGGAUCACCGGAAAGGAUGACAAUGUCACGUGCAAUUGUAACUACAACAACAACACCGUCUGCCAUAUCACAACAAUAAUCCUCAAAUCCCAGAAUCUUUCAGGAACUCUACCACCAGAAAUGGCUCGGCUUCGCAAUCUCAAUAUAAUAGACUUUACUCGAAACUACCUUAAUGGUACAAUACCUGUUGAGUGGGCAACUUUGCCUCUAAUGAAUCUUUCUCUAUUGGGAAAUCGCCUCUCGGGAGAAAUUCCACAAUGGAUUGGAAAUCUUACAAAUUUGAAAAAUCUAGAUCUGGAAGCUAAUCAGUUUACCGGACAUUUACCUCAAGAACUUGGGGAGUUACUCAACUUAGAGAUAUUGCACUUGUCUUCAAAUACAUUUUCUGGGAACUUGCCUGUGGAUCUUGCAAAGCUCAACAAGAUACAAGACUUCAGGAUCAAUGAUAACCGCUUUAAUGGAAAGAUACCAGAGCGGAUUUUUCAAAACUGGACAUAUCUUUACAGAUUAGAGAUGCAAGCAAGUGGCUUUGAGGGUCCAAGUCCUUCUGGAAUUGCGUUUUUAAAGAAUUUAACCGAAUUACGGAUCAGUGAUAUAAAUGGAACCAUGAGCUUUCCGCAACUAAGUGCCUCCAAAAUAUGGCGCUCAUUGAUUUUAAGAAAUUGCGGACUGUCAGGAGGAAUCCCUGAAUAUAUUGGAAAAUUUGAUCUUAAGUACUUGGACCUUAGUUUUAAUAAUCUAUCGGGUGCAAUUCCAACUACAUUUCAGAACUUGAGAGUCUCAGACUCCAUGUUUCUGAACAACAAUAAUUUAUCUGGCCCUGUCCCUGACUGGAUAUCUACUGGAAAAACAAAACACAUUGAUCUUUCUUACAACAACUUAACUUGGACAAGCCAUGAUUCCCUUGACUGCCAACAAGGAAAAAUGAACUUGGUUGGGAACUCAGUCAAAGUUAGUAACUUGCAACCAGCUACCCCAUGCUUGGAGUUACUUCAGUGUACUCAACGUCAAUCAUCGUUAUACAUAAACUGUGGAGGGCGCAGUGUACAUAUAAAUAAUAAUGGGACAACAUAUGAAGAAGAUAGUGAGUCUGAUGGUGCAUCAAAUUUCUUUGUGAGUUCUAACAAAAACUGGGCAUUCAGUAGCACAGGUGUCUUCAUGGACAAUAAUAAUGACAAUGAUGCAUAUGUGGUAGCAACAAGUUCUUUGAAGCUUUCGAUGCCUGACUCAGAUUUGUUUAAAGACGCACGCAUUUCUCCUGUCUCCCUUACUUAUUAUGGGCUUUGUUUAUUAGAAGGGAAUUACUCUGUCAAACUUCACUUUGCAGAGAUAAAGAUCACUAAUGAUGGAUAUGGCAGUCUUGGCAAACGGAUUUUUGAUAUUUACAUUCAGGGAAACCUUGUUUGGAAGGACUUCAAUAUCAGGGAUGAGGCUAAUGGGUCUGGUAAUGCUAUUAUCAAGAGUACUAAUGUGAUGGUUACAGACAAACUUGAGAUUCAUUUAUAUUGGGCUGGCAAUGGAACACAAUCUCUUCCGGUUCGUGGGACCUAUGGUCCUCUGAUAUCAGCUAUUUCAGUGGAACCUAAUUUCUCGCUAAGUAGUGGAAAGCGUACCAAAAUUAUUGUAGGGAUCAUUGUUUCAGUAUCAUGCCUGAUCUUCUUGUUAUUGAGUAUAUUGUGGAAGAAAGGCUGGCUUGGAGGCCAAACUGCAAAAGAUAGAGAGCUGAGGGCUUUAGAUCUGCGGACUGGACGUUUUACCUUAAGGCAAAUAAAAAUGGCUACUGGGAACUUCAGUGCUUCUAACAAGAUUGGAGAAGGUGGUUUCGGACCAGUUUAUAAGGGCUUGUUACCAGAUGGUACAAUAGUUGCCGUGAAGCAACUUUCUUCCAAAUCAAAACAAGGAAAUCGUGAAUUUUUAAAUGAGUUAGGCAUGAUUUCUGCAUUGCAGCAUCCAAAUCUUGUAAAACUUCAUGGUUGCUGCAUUGAAGGAAAUCAGUUAUUAUUAGUGUAUGAGUAUAUGGAAAAUAACAGUCUUGCUCGCGCUCUUUUUGGGAGUGAAGAAUAUCAACUGAAACUUGAUUGGUCAACAAGGAAAAACAUUUGCAUUGGCAUAGCAAAAGGCCUUGCAUAUAUCCACGAGGAGUCGAGACUGAAGGUUGUUCACAGAGACAUAAAAGCAACCAAUAUACUGCUAGACAAAAAUCUUAAUGCUAAGAUAUCCGACUUUGGUUUGGCUCGGCUUGAUGAAGAGGAAAACACUCAUAUCAGCACACGAAUAGCUGGAACUGUAGGAUACAUGGCACCGGAAUAUGCUACCCGCGGUUACCUGACUGAAAAAGCGGAUGUAUACAGCUUCGGGGUUGUCACUUUGGAACUUGUUAGUGGAACCAGCGUCAUGAGUUUCAGAAAGGAAGGCGGCAUGCAUCUUCUGGACUGGGUGCAAAUCCUGAGAGAGGAAGGCAAGCUGGAGAAAUUUGUUGAUCCGAGACUGGGAACGGAUUUCAACAAGGAAGAGGCGAUUCGGUUGAUAAAUGUAGGUCUGCUAUGCAUAAAUUCAUCACCAGUGCCAAGACCACCCAUGUCUGCUGUGGUAAGCAUGCUGGUGGAAGCCCAAACAAGUAUUGUAGAUGCCACGCCAGAGCAGAUCUUCUCGACUGAUGAUUUCGAGAUCCAGGUAAGUGGAAAACGAUACCCAAGUUCAGGAGACAGCCGGACCAAGAGCAUCUUAGUUGAGGGGGGAUCUGUCCAUGGUUCUACCACAUCAUCAUCCGAUCUGUACCCUCUCAAUUUAGAUUCACUUUAUCAGAACUGAAGAUGCUAAAAAGACUCGAUCGGGAUGUGCUAAACCUGAAUCAGGAGAACUUGUCGAGUAGAUACUCCAUUCUGUUUGAAAUUUGCAGUAUGUAGUGUAAGACAAUCCGAUCAUUCGUGCUUAUAUUGAAUAAGGUUCGAACCUUUCAUGCUUA